AUGCUCCCGUUUCUGGAGGUCAGGCACCUCCCCUCGUCCUCUUCUUUUUACUCGGCCGUCAUUCAACCCCUUGGCCUCCGCUACCACUCGACCGAAGACGGCCAUUUCCCGGCCAUUAUUUAUGGAGACUCGACACGGACAAAGCCUGUGUUUCAGAUCCGGCAAGUGGUUGCCAGCAGAGACCGUCGCCUGAGGACUUCGCGCAUUGUGUUCAGCGUUCCUUCAGCGGUCGCGGCCGAGGACACCUACGAGUUUGCCCUGCGGGCCAAUCCCGACCUCUCGGAUGCCGAUCCGCGCCACUCGGGUGAGGCCUACACUGCGGCCAGUGGCGUGUCGGCCCACCGGACAGGCACGAGCAGUGGCGGGAUUCGGGUGCUUAUAACCGACUUUGACGGCAAUAUCAUGGAAGUUGUGUACCGGCCUCCUCCAGAAUACCCUUCCAACUACAGCGGUCCCACGGUACGCCGCACCAGGUCGACCAGCGAAGAAGCGGUCCGCAUCUUGGACUGGAACUACGACGUUGCAGCCUCGUCACUGCCGCCCUCCACCUCCCGUCGUCCCUACGACCCGUAUCCCGAGGACGACGAACCGCCCUAUCCCAGUAUUAGACGGAGUGUCACGGUUGGGCCCUCCACCUACGAUCCAGCACCAUCUGCCAAAGGAAAUCCCAACGGCCUAAGUACUGGCGCCGUCGUCGGUACGCUACUAGGUGUUGCCGCCGGAGCCGCCCUCACGUACAGCGCAGUCAAAGGCGACCGGGGCCGCUCUCCCCGCCAGGAAUACGACAUGCCGUCCUUUGUGCGCCGGUCUACCUUCCCCGAGAGGUAUGACUCGUACUCGGGUCGCAAAUCCCGCUAUGCCGACAUGGAGCGGGGCGUUGAGAAAGUCGGAUAUUCGGAUGAAUAUGCCCCUGUGUCUGACUAUCGCCGACCUCCUCCCGAGUACAUUGCUCGGUACAGUCAGGUCAGCUCGCCGCGCAGCAGGGAGGUAGACGACAUUUAUGAUGACUCCCGGACCCGGUAUACAUCAUCCCGUCCCCGGACGUCCGCGCGCUCCCGCAGCGAGGCUGCCAGCAAUCGGGCACCGUAUCCCGAGGACGAGCCUGAAUACCGCAGCUAUACGGGCUCGCGGAGCUCAAGACAACCCCCCGUCGUCCAGCGCAGUUACACGUACGAUACACCGGAGCGAGACAGCUAUGUCUCGGCCAGGAGCCACCGGUCGAACAGCACGCUCCGCGCGGCACCAUCACCACGGCCGGACCCUCUCACCUCGCCGUCCUAUGCCUCCCACCAUUCGAGGUCAGGAAGCCGUGUGGUGACGACGACCACCAUCAGGGCUACCGGCAGCCCUCGUGCGUUCAGCAGGGAGGGGAGCUACUUGUCUGCGCGCAACGUGCCCCUUCCCGAGAGCCGUGCCACGACGUACAUAUCAACGUACGACAUCCCCAUCCGGGACAGUCGGCCGGGCACCUAUGUUUCUGCCCGCCACGUUCCCCUCCCGCCCAGUGGUGUCGGCAGCAGCCAUGCCAGGUGGGACGUUGAGGAGGGUAUUGACGAUGACGACGACAGUGUUGCGCCCAGCGACAGCAUCAGUAACGUGGGCAGCCGCAGGAGUGGUCGCUCA